AUGGCGACCUCAAUGGCGGCUUCCAAACGGCCGUUUCUCACACUGCCAUUCCUUCUUCCUUCGUGGUCAGAUUCCAUUACGCUGGGAUCCCGGCGUUACCAAUCUUCAUACCGGCGAACAAAACAGCGCCUGCGUGUCAAGCCGGAUGCUUCCUUCGGCUCCUCGAACCAGGGCCACGACCAGAUCAUCUACAAUCCGCCCUCUAGUGCCCCCUCAGUUUAUCACACUCCGAGCAAAUUCCUGCCGAGCAACGAUGUCCGGAGGUCGAUGCGCACUGAAGAUACGGCGACUGUAAAUGCGACUUCUGAAAUCAACGAGCUCCCCAAUGUCUACCGCAGCGACCCUGAGAGAAAAUACCACCUGACCCCCGCUGAUGUCGAGGAAAUCCGCAAACUACGACUGAGCGACCCAAUGACCUGGAGCCGACAUAAGUUGGCUAAGCGGUUCGAAUGCUCGCCCCUUUUCAUUGCGUUGGUCUGCGAGGCUAGCCCGGAGAAGAAGCAGAUCCAAAGGCAGGUGCUGGAAGCCGUGCAAUCACAAUGGGGACCCAAGCGACGGAUGGCCAGGGAGGACCGGAAGUUACGCCGGGAGGCUUGGGGCCGUGAUGAAUGA